GAAAUCUGUGACUUUUCUCUUUCAAAAUAUCAAAACAGGCUUUCAGGUCCAGCAAAAAAAAAAAAAAAAGCAAUAAAAUCAGGAAUAAUGCCUCGAAGCAUUUCGAGGUCACCGUCGUCUUACCGCCGGAGAUACUCGCCGUCCCCGGUCAGUCGCCGCCGCCGGAGAGAUCGGAGCCGUUCUCCUUACACCACUACUCACAGCAGGCGAAGAAGUCGUUCUAGUUCCCCUCGUCGCCGCAGAAGUCGAUCACCGGUUUCUAGACACAAGAAAAGUCGGUCUCCAACACCUAGGCGCCACAGAAGGAGAAGAAGCAGGACUGCUUCAGUAAGUCCGGCUGAGUCUCCGAGCCCGAGUACUACGUCUGCUGAACGUAAAAAUGCCCUUGCUAAAUCAAGAAAGGAAUUGGAAGAAAAGAAAAGGGCUGAACAGGAGAUGGAGCUGAAAAUAUUAGAAGAGGAGACAGCGAAGAGAAUAGAAGAAGCAAUCCGAGCAAAAGUAGAGGAGAAACUGGAGUCAGAUGAAGUCAAACUAGAAAUAGAAAGAAGAGUCGAAGAAGGCCACAAGAAACUUUUUGAUGAUGUGGUGGCUCAACUUGAACGAGAGAAACAAGCAGCCCUUACUGAAGCAAGACAGAAAGAGGAGAAAGCGAGAAGAGAGAGAGAAGAGCUGGAUAGAAUGUUGGAAGAGAAUAGAAGACGUGUAGAAGAAGCUCAAAGAAGAGAAGCGCUUGAGCUUCAAAGAAAAGAGGAAGAAAGACACAGGGAGCUUGAACUGAUUCAACGACAAAAAGAAGAGGCUGCUAGAAGAAAGAAACUUGAAGAUGAGCAAGAACUCAUCAAGCUUUCAGCGAAACUUAAAUCGCGAUAACAAACCAAUACUAGCAAUCACUCAAACCCCAAGUUCCAAGAAUCAAUCCCGGUAAUGAUCCAAUUUUAAUCUUUUGAUAAUUCUCUGUUUCUUGGUCCUUAACCGUGGAAUCCGCUCUGGUUUUCAAAGGGAUUUUACUUUCAUGUUUGUUAGUUAGUAGAGUGAAGAACUUGAUGCUUGAAUGUAAGUUGAACAACCUUUCUAAAGACUAUAUAAACUAAGCUCAGCAGCUUUUUUGACCAGUCAAAGGCUUGUGUUUGUUUGA